AUGGUUCUCUAUUUGGAGGUGAUGUGGAAAAUAAUAGCCAUAAGUUCUCUAUUUGGCAUCUUCAUAUCACUCAACAGCUUCUGUCCUUUCUCAUCUCCCAAUUGGUUUGCAGCCAUCGGUGGCACAGCCUUGUACGUGACGUUACUGCUCAUGUUUCACUUUACCACCGAUACUCGCAUCUACAAAGAAGAAGAGCCUCCUCUACCGGCUACACGUGCGGGCUACUCGGUGAUUCUUAUGACAGCCAUGCUUUAUUUCCCUUACUAUUACUCGGCCCUUGAUUUUCUGAUCUACCUUUGCUCCAUGUUUGCCUUUGGGAUCUCCAUCUUCCAGCUCAAUUCUCCCAUGGACACUACACACGUUUCUGCGACCUUGUUUUUUGGUUUCUUCGCUGCUUAUAUAGGAUACGGGUUUAAUCAAAAUUUCCCAAAUGUGGAACGUUCCUUUUGGUUUGUUUUUGUAUUUUCUAACCUUUUUAUAAGGCUUAUGUUCCCCCUCAAUGGCCUCUAUAAUUGA